AUGUCUGCGUUCUGGUCGCAGACAUGGUGGAGAAUGCUAUGGAUUGACAGAAGUCUCGAUACCAUCAUUGACAAUUGUAUCCUGCGAAUGCCUCAAAGUCUCCAGACCGCCCGCGCUGUGCGAAGACAUCAGAAAGUCAUCGACUCCGCGACUGGUGGGAUUGUGGGUUACGCACGAUGGAUCCUACCAGAGUCUCACUCGGGUAGCUGGCUUGAGGCUCAAAUACCGGAUGUUACAGCAGAGGAGAGCAGGGCCUUUGCGGCAGACUACAACAAAGCGGACUGGACAACUCGUAACGAUAUGCCGGGCAUCGAUGAUCCACUGCAUAAGAUGAUGAACAAACAUAGACCGGAAAAGCCACAUAUUAAUCUUGAUUAUCUUGCUGUGAACCCAGAAUACUGGCGCCAGGGCAUAGGAAGCAGACUUGUUGAAUCCGGUAUUGAACAAGCAAAUAAAUUGGGCCUAGAGAUAUUUUUAGUCGCCAUGGGCACAAGUGCUUUAGGCAUGUACAAGAAGCUUGGGUUUGAGUUCCUGGAUCAGGAUAUUCAAGAUCUCAACCCAUGGGGAUUUGAUGAUGUUUACGACACAUAUAUUCUUCUAAAGCAACCACAGGCUGCGUAA